UUUCAAGUCGUAAGCCUAUUUUCAAUUUUUAUUUAUGAAAUUAUUGCUUUAUUAUCAAAAUUAUUAAUUUUAAUACACUGAAAAGGCCUUUUUUACAAGUGCUAACAAUGAUUUCUCUUAGACAAACACAAUAAAGUUUCACAACUAGUGAGAUAAUUUUGUAAAAUAUGGGAUCGAAAGAUGCAACAAGUGAACCCGAGAUAAAUAGUCAAAUAAAAGUAGAAUUUGACUAUAUUCUGGACUUAUGCCGUGUUUGUAUGGUGCGGAAUAAUGAUAUGAAGCCUUUAUUUAAAGCAGAAGACAAUAAUAUUAUAGAAAAAGUGGAAUUUUGCACAGGAGUUAUAUUUGCAAAAGAAGACAGUCUACCAUCAAACAUUUGUUGCUCCUGCCUCGAAAACUUAACAAUAGCAUACCAGUUCAAAACUGCUUGUAUAACGUCUGAAGAGGCGUUCCGUAAAGUCCUUACACAGGUCAAGACUGAGGAGCCGGAGUAUGCAUAUGAUGAUGGAAUUGACGAUGUUGAUGAUGACGUCAAAGACGUACUGAAGGAGGUCCUAGAGUUGAACAAAGUUAAAGUUAAGAAAGUGAAGAAGGAAGGUGAGAGUACAGUCAUCCAACCCAAACCGGAACGCAAGAAACGGAAACCGUACACGAGAAGACAACCAGCGCCAACUCGCGAGAAGAAGCAGGAUGCAGAACAGCAAAAUAAGCAGCAACACUCCCAUGGAACACAUUGGAUGUGUGAAAUUUGCGGGAAGAUGUUCGUUCACCGGUCUUCGCACCACACGCACCUCAAGUCGCACAUGCCCCCGCAGUAUAAUUGCGAUGCAUGCGACUACAAGACCUGGCACAAGUGCGACCUCGUCAAGCACAUACGAAUACACACGGGAGUGAAACGCUUCCAAUGCGAGUUCUGUACAAACUCUUACUAUACAUCGUCCAACCUGCUGAGCCACAUCCGUAGCUUCCAUGAGCGGGUGAAGCGGUUCCAAUGUCACCUGUGCGACCGAGCCUUCUACGACAAGACCAAGCUCAAUCGACACGUGGACUCGCACAAUGAUAUUAAACGGUUCGAAUGCUCGCUGUGCAACUCAUGCUUCACGCGGCGCUGCUACUGGAAGAAGCACGUGUCGCGUGCGCACGGCGUGGCCAUCCCGCGCAUGCGCCCUGGCAAGAAGAAGAAUAGCCUCGUGCUCGAGGUGCCGGCCUGAGGGAUAACACUUGUUCCCCAUUAUGACAGUUGCCCAAACCAACCCACAGUGGAGCAGCGUAGUGGAGUAUACUCCAUAACCCUGGUUGAUUGAGGGGAGGCCUGUGCCCAGCAGUGGGACGUGUCGUCGGUCGUUGGCCUACAAGUUAUAGCAAUAAUUAACGUACAAAUUGCGUUGAUGUAAGAAAAUAUGUAAAAAUAUGGCUGUUUCACAUAUUUUCUGUGUAAAUAAGUAUAUGGGACCAUAUCUGAAUGUGUAGCUACUGUUGACGACAGGUCGACAUGGCAAUCGGGGCAUGAGGUGAGCCGCGGAGGCGGGGUCGCCCCGCACACCCGCACAGUCCCCGCGGCGUCUUAGUCUUAGUGUCGCACGAGUCCGUAUCGACCGCGUUUAUCGAUUAUAAUCUCGCUCACAUAAUUUAUUGAAUUAGAAAUUAACAUUAACAUAAAAGAAAAACAAUAGAUUUAAAAGAAAUCUAAUCUAAAUAUUUAUGGUCAAUCAAAAUUAUAAAUAUUACAACAGAAAUUAUUGAAAACUAAGAAUAAUAUUUUAGAAAUAAAAUUAACGUUAGAUGAUUCAGAUGAAUAAAUAUUGGCCCCGAUUCCUGCAGACACCGCCUAAUUUUAUUUUAAGUUAUAUCCUUCAUUUUCAUAUCCGUCGAAAAGGAAAGGGACGGAUGAUUCACAGCUCUUAAUUUUAGGAAGAAUGAGUAAAUUAAUGUGUCGGGUUAUUGACUGACGUAAAAUUUUUAGACGGUUGGUUUAGAUUUGUGCUUAAAAUUGACGUGUGUUCCAUAAAUUUUAUGCUUGUCGAUUACCCGUCCCUUUCCUUUUCGGCGGAUAAGAAAAUGACAGAUAUAACUUAAAAUAAAAUUAGAUGGUAUUUACAGGAAUUAGCACCAUUAACUUAAAUGAAAACGUGGUAUUAUUUUAUUCACAUUUUGUUACAUACAUAAUAAAAAUAUAUCGAUAUUGAAAACGUCACGUCACUAGAGAAUUGCCAUGUCGACCUGUCGUCUACAUUAUCCUAGUAUACAGAGUGUUAGUGACACCAUAACGAAUACUGAGGGGGAUGAUUCGGACCGUGAUUCUGAGUUGAUAUCAAGUGGAAUUUCCUCUUAGAAAAUUAAUAAUUGCAUUUUAAAAUUAUUUUCAGUUACAUACUUUUGCGACGGAAAAUUCCACUUGAUGACAACUCAGAAUCAUGGUCUGAAUCAUCCCUCAAAGUUUUCGUUACGAUGUCACUAACACCCUGU